AUGAUUCACAUCGGAGUCUCACUAAUAUGGCCUUCCGUCACAGAGUGUGGGCUGUUUCAUGAACAUCUUACGGAGGCUCUAGAAGAGAUCUGGACGGAUUGCGAUGAAUGGCACACCGUUGAUUGGUCUCAACACGCAGUCCGCUUCAUCGGGCGAAUGUCAGCAUCUGUCUUUGUUGGUCCUGAAUUAGCUCGUGAUCCUAAGUGGCAAGAGCUAAUUCUCACUUCGUCGAUAAAUACCUUUAUGGGGAUUCGAUCUCUCCGCGCCUUGCCGGCUUUUCUUCGUCCAUUGGUUCAUUGGUUCUUACCAGAACUCAGAAAGUGCCGUCAGCAAAUUCGUCUUGCUCGGGCUAUGUUGCAGCCAAUCUUCGACCGCAGGGGGUAUGGGCAGUCUCAAUCCAUUGAGCCUGGUAAGAUAGAAAAGUUCGAGGAUACUAUACAGUGGCUUGAAGAAACCGCUGCCGGACGCCCCUAUGAUGCCGCUGCAGCGCAAAUCGCAUUUGCGAUAAGCGCAAUGCACACGACUUCAGAGCUACUCAAGCAGUCCCUACUGGAUAUUUGUAUGCAUCCAGACCUGAUCCCGGUUCUACGAGAUGAAGCACAGAAAGCUAUCGAGGAGAGUGGAUGGACAACUGCAGGCGUCUUCAGGAUGCAGCUGUUGGACAGCGCAGUAAAGGAAACACAACGGCUCAAACCGGGGUUGUUAGUAAAUCUUGAGCGAAAAGCCCUGCAAGAUGUUAUUCUUCCCAACGGAAUGACUAUCCCUCGCGGAACGAAUGUUGCCGUUGAUGCAUCCAUGAUGUGGGAUCCAGCAGUGUACCCUGAUCCAUUCUCUUAUGACGCCUACCGUUUUCUUCGUCUUCGCAAAUCCGGCAAUACUGCGGCAGCACUAGCAUCCACGAGCCCAGAGCACAUUGCUUUUGGAAUUGGAAAGCCAAUUUGUCCUGGGAGAUUCUUCGCUAGCAAUGAAGUCAAGAUUGCUCUGGCGAAGAUUCUUUUGACUUAUGAUGUCAGGAUCCCUGAAGGGAUAACACCCAAGAUCGUGGAGAUGGGGUUUGAAAUGCUGAGUGAUCCAGAUGCAAAGCUGGAAAUUAGAAAGCGAAAGGAUUAG